AUGUUUCGAACUUUCCUGCGAUUGAUUGUCUCCCCAUUAUGGGGGAUCAUCAAAUUCGCCGUCGCCCUUUGCCUCCUGUUAGGGCUAGCAGUUAUACAGUCUACAAGUCUGGGCCGUGUUGGACCCCCUAUUACACGUGAAUUCGCCUUCGCUAACGCUGUGCAGCUCGCUUCGUUCAACAACACAGUGACCAACAGCACAGCGAUCAACAACACAGUGGCCAAUGCUCCGGGCAUCACAGCAGUAAUGAAGUUCUCUGAGUUCGCGCACAACAUUUCCGCUAUUGACACGGAGACUGAGACUUAUCGACACCUUCAAGACGUCGGGGUAACUCCACACGAUUCCUCGGCCACGUCACGGAGAACAGAGUGUCGCGUGUCGUCGGUUUCCUCAUCGAGUAUGUCAAAUCAGGCCCUCGGAAGGGCACGCCUAAUCUUUUCACCGGAGUGCACGAUGAAAGAUGUAACGACACCCUAA